CUUCCCAACGCAGACGUCAACUGGGGCUCCUCCAUGCAAGCCAGCUCGUACAACAUGGCCCUCAACUACUCAGUGGGGCUGAGCGAAGUGGACGAGCACAUCAAGAACUACAGACCGCAGUGCCUGGUGCUGACCGGCCCUCCCAAUUUCCGCCCGGCCCUGGUAGACUUCGUGGGGACGUUCACCAAGAAUCUCAGCCUGAUGCUCUGUGGCAACGUGCUGAUCGGACCGUGGAAGCAGAAGAUGCCGGAGUCCUGGCUGACGGCAGAUGGCCACACCAAAUGGCUUCUGAAGAGGAAGAUCAAAGCUUUCUACACGGACGUGGUGGCUGAGGAUCUGAGAAGUGGCGUCCAAAUGCUCAUCCAGGCUGCCGGCCUCGGGAAGAUGAGACCCAACAUCCUGGUGCUGGGCUACAAGAGGAACUGGCAGACGGCGUCCCCGCAGAGCCUGGAGGACUACGUGGGCAUCCUGCACGACGCCUUUGAUUUCAAGUAUGGCGUGUGCUUAAUGAGAAUGAAGGAAGGGCUGAACGUUUCCCGAGUGCUGCAGGCUCACGUUAACCCCAUGUUCGAGGCAGCGGAGCACCCUGAGGAGAACGGCACCGGUGGCAGAGCAGCCGUGGGCACAGUGGACCCCACUGCCUUGGCUGGCGAGCAGCAGGCGAGCACCAUCUUCCAGAGCGAGCAGGGCAAGAAGACCAUCGACAUUUACUGGCUCUUCGAUGACGGAGGUCUCACGCUGCUCAUCCCCUACCUCCUGGGACGCAAGAAGCGGUGGGGAAAGUGCAAAAUCCGGGUGUUUGUCGGCGGGCAGAUCAACAGGAUGGACGAGGAGAGGAAGGCNNNNGUCUCUCUGCUCAGCAAGUUCCGCCUCGGCUUCCAUGAGGUCCACAUCCUCCCCGACAUCAACCAGAAACCCCGACCAGAGCACAUCAAGAGGUUCGACGACCUGAUCGCUCCCUUCAGGCUGAACGACGGCUUCAAAGAUGAGGUCACGGUGAAUGAGAUGAGGCAGGGCUGUCCCUGGAAGAUUUCUGAUGAGGAGGUCGAUAAAAACAGAGCCAAGUCGCUCCGACAAGUGAGGCUGAAUGAGAUUUUGCUGGAUUAUUCGCGGGACGCAGCGCUCAUAGCCAUCCUCUACAUGGCCUGGCUCGAGACCCUCUCACAGGACCUGAGACCUCCCAUCAUCCUCACCCGAGGAAACCAAGAGAACGUGCUGACCUUUUACUGUCAAUAA